AUGUCCGUCAGAUCCGCAGUCUCAAAGGUCGACUGGACACUCGUCACCUCAAAACUCGGACUCUCCCAGCAAACCCUCUCGCAACUCUCCUCCUUCCGCAAACGCAACACCGAUGCCCGGGACAAGCUUGCCCUGCUUGAACAACAGCGCACAGAGGUGGACUUUUCACACUACCGUGGCUUGCUGAAGAAUACCGCUGUGGUGGAGGAAAUUGAGAAAUCCUACAAAUCCUUCAAACCAGCAACGGUGGAUACAAAAGCACAACUCAAGGCAAUCGAUCAAUUCGAGGCAAAAGCAGUGUCGAAUGCGCAAGAGACGAGUAAGACCAUUGAACAGGAACUCGGUGAUCUCAAGGCAACUUUGGACAAUAUCUCCCAGGCACGCGACUUUGAGGAGUUGACGGUGGAGGAUGUCAUGAAGGCGCGUCCGGAUAUCCAAAAGAAUGUCGAGACUAUGGUCAAGAAGGGACGAUGGGUGAUUCCUGGCUACAACGACAAGUUUGGCUCCACGGUCAUCAUGUAA